AUGGCGUUCGCGACGAUGUGCCUUGUGAUGUUCUUCUGUUGCGCGAACGUCGUAGCGCUCGAGUUCAUCAUGAAAUUGAAUCCCUCGUCUGGAAACCUCAUCACUUUCGUCCAGUUCGUCUUCAUUGCCGUCGAAGGAUUCAUCACUACGAUGCAAUUCGGAUCCCGUCGUCCAAUAAUUCCUUUGAAGCGAUCCAUAUCCCUGGUUUUCGUCUCGUUCGCCGUCAACGUCGCGGGCAACUGGGCCCUCAAUUUCAACAUUGCCAUGCCGUUGCACAUGAUCUUCAAAUCUGGGUCUUUGUUGGCCAAUAUGUUGAUGAACAUGGUGGUUUUGGGAAGGCGUUAUAGUACUAUGAAAUACGUUAGCGUGGCACUUGUCACUGCCGGUAUUUUGUUGUGUACGUUGGCUUCUGCCCCAGGUAGCUCCAAUGAAGAUGCGUCUUUGACGAAUUGGAUGAUUGGAGUUGGACUCUUGACGUUUUCCCUGCUGGCCUCGGCAUAUUUGGGCAUCAUGCAAGAAGGGCUGUAUCAGCAGUAUCCAAACGCAGCCAAGGAAGUUAUGUUCGUGGCUCACGCGGUUCCGCUCCCGGGGUUUUUGCUGUUGUAUUCCGAUUUGAGAGACAGGGUCUCUGAGUUCAACGAAAGUGAUGUGUUGUGGUGGUGCUUGUUGGUGAACACUUUGUUGCAGUUUUGCUGUUUGCGCAGUGUGUACAAGUUGCAGACUGUUUGUUCGUCCCUGACAGUCACGCUUGUGGUGACUUUGCGCAAGUUUGUGAGUUUGGUGUUUUCAAUUUUCUAUUUCCGGAAUCCGUUUACGUCGCAGCAUUGGGCUGGAGCUGCGUGUGUAUUUUUCGGCGUCUUGUUAUUCGCGGAUUUCUUUGGGUGGGAAGGAAAGCAGAGGAUAACGGGACUGCAAACGAUUUCCGACGAAAAACGUCUUAAAAGGGAAUUCCCAAGUGGGUACCUUGGCCUUCAGUCGGGGUAUCAUUGUGCGGGUUCGGGUUGUCUCAGUUUUUCUUUUGUCGUGCAGAACAUGUGGGAAGUUAGUGACGCGCGGUUUUCUUCCCGGCAUAUGGUGCUGUGCAGCAGCGGAAGGAAGUGUUUAUUGUCCGUAUUGCUGAGAGAAAGGGAAAAAAUCAUGAUACCGAGUAAGGAGAAGCAAAGAUCGUCCCGAGGAGCUCGCCGUUUCGUCAUUUUGCCGCCGUUCUGCUCGUCGGUACACUUCGAACGCCUUUUUGCCGGCGUUUCUGGAGGAGUCGCCUCCACGCUCAUUCUUCAUCCGUUGGACGUCGUCAAAACACGGUUUGCAGUGGAUGAUGGAAAAACGACGAGCAGAGCAGCGACGAAGGCGGACGGCGUUUUCGCCUCAUUGCGGAUGAUCGUCCGAGGAGAGGGAGUCAGCGGACUUUACCGUGGCGUUAUGCCCAACGUUUGCACUGCCGGCAUCGGCUGGGGGCUUUAUUUCUAUGCAUAUGACAGCAUGAAGAGGUGGUUGAAGGGGCCGGAUUGCGAUCAAACCAAGAUUCUAAGUCCGGGUCAGCAUCUAGUCGCUGCUGCCUGGGCCGGGGGCUUGUCCUUGAUUGCAUUGAAUCCGAUUUCUGUCGUCAAAACCAGAAUCAUCAUACAGAAACAAAGUCCGCGGGCGCUGGUGGCAAGUGGAGGCGGUGGAACGACGUCAGUUCACUACACGAAUUCUCUCGACGCUUUUCUCAAGAUCUACAAAUUCGAAGGUCUACGAGGUCUCUACAAGGUUGUUCGAGCGAGAAUGCAAGACCAGUACAAGUCUUACUCUGGUCUCAUGGACGUAGUUUAUAAGACCUUCAGGGAAGAAGGAUUGCGUGGCUUCUACAAAGGACUGGUACCAAACUUGAUGCACGUCACACCGAACAUUUGCUUGGUGUUCCUGAUUUACGAACAGCUGACUGCACGAGUGGACAAGUGA